ACGAAAAAAAAAUGUCUAGAUACGUGUGGGAGAAAGAAGUCACCAUCUAUGGUGUCUACUGCUCCAGGGUUUUGGAGAAACCUAUAGAGUGGAACCGGAGAGUCGAUUUCGUACCUAAUCCAGGACCAUGGCAGAGGAAUCACGAGAAGCUGCCUUCUGCACCAGAAGAACCUUUCUACACCCACAAUUUCCCCCCGCUUGUGACUGGCCCAUCUGUAGACCCACCAGCUCGGGGUCCCUUUGGAUGCAUACCGCUCUACGGUAGACUUGGACUUCAUUGCUACAAUCUUCAAAAGGGGACAAACUUGCAAUUUAUGGCUCUAGUCAAGUAUUACUCAAGGAUAACCUCGAUAUCUUCUCAUCUAGUGACAUUAGAGGCACUCGAUCCAAGACGCAAUUCCUUGUGCGAGUUCAAAACUGAUGUCAGGCAUGCCAUUGAGCAUAGAGAUUGUUUGAGUGCAAUUAUAACCUGCUGCAGAUUAACGUCUCAAACUCCUCCAGUGGAGGAAUCCAGCUCUUCUUAUUGCUUUGACAAACUUGCCGUGGAUCAUUUCUUCCGAGGUGCUAUGCCCGAAUGGAUGCCCGAGGGUGCGCUUACGGAAACUGAGAAGCUGGAAUGCUAUGAGAUGAAAGAAUCCGAGGUGGAAGAAGACAAGGAAUGGCUUCAUCUAUACGCGGAACUCGCAUUGUUUUCCAAGUGGAAAUCUAAGCUGGAAGAUCUCGAAUCUGCAAAGCCAUUUGAGCUGAGGAAGAUCAUUGUAAGAACCAAAGAAGAUGUGAAGCCGAAGAACAAGGUCAAGGCGGAUAACGCAAUCUUCUACAUUAGCUUCAAAACUUGUUGCGGUCAAGAAUGCAAUGCUAUCAUAAGGAAAACAACAGACGGAAUGCCAGAGAAUUUGUCGCUUGAAGUCAAGUGUUUCAUGUGAGACUCGUCUCAUUAUAUGUCUAACGUUUCUCCUAAAGUUUUCAUUAAAGUGUUUUCUAAACGACUUUUUUAGUGGUAUUGGAAUCGAGCUUUAGU